AUGCCUGGUGAAGAUUCUGUGACUCUGUACGGGUAUGAGACGUUGCGUGGCAGCCCACCGCCCACGGACAAGCCAAUCCGUGUCAUCAGCAUGGAGUACUGCCCUUUCGCAGAGAGCUCACUGACUUGUCAGUUUGAGCACUCUGGCAAGCGUGCUCGCAUGGUGCUGGCUAAGAAGGGCCUAGAGCACGACAUAAUCAACGUGGAUCUGUCCAACAAGCCAGCCUUCUUGUUUGAAGCCAACCCCAACGGACAAGUCCCCGGCUGCUUCACGAGGGCAACAACAUCUACGAAGUAUCUGGAGAACAAAUUCCCGGAGACUGCCACUCUCUAUCCCAAGGACGCCACUGUGCGCGCUCAAGGCCGACAGCUGUCAUCCCAGCAUGGUAGCAAGGUGAUUCCAGCUUUCUACAAAACAGUUAGCUCGCUGAAGAGUGAAGACCCAGCGGUCCGGAAGGAGGCCUUUGCCAAUUUCCACAAAGUCCUUGACACGUGGGUAGAGCAGAAGCUUGGCGAUGGACCCUUCUUUGGUGGUGCCACCGAGAAUAUCACCGAUAUCCUCAUCUGGCCAUGGCUGUACCGAUCCGACAUCCUCACAAGACACCGUUUGCCCGAGCUUCUCAAUGCAGAUAAGUUCCCAAAGACGCUGCGCUACAUAGCAGCGAUGAGAGCUCUGCCGUACAUCCAGCAAACUGCUGCUACUGAUGAGGGUUUGCUCAAAUUCGUGGACACCUUCACUUCUGGCAAGAAACCAGUGGGCUACAACAUUGAUUCCAAGCACCCGUUCUAUGCCGGCCCUGCUUCGGCAGAUGCCUAG